AUGGGCAGGGAGGCGGCGCCAGUCUGCAGGGCGCCGCGGCGGCCAACGGCGGCGGGUGGGCGGCGCACCUCCCGGCACCCGUCGCAGCUGCUUGAGCCGUACGCCCAGCCGCUGCUGCGGCGGGUUCCCUCGUCGUCGUCUUCCGCCGCUGUGGCGGUCAGACGGAGCUCGCGCGCGGCGGCGUUGCCCCGGCAGGCGUCGGUGGAAAGCCCAGCGCAGCCAAGUUUUGCCACGACGGGCAUCGAUGCGCUGCACCGCCUCACGCUGGAGGAGUGGAGUGUAUGCAGUCUGAUGGCCACUGUGCUCCAGCGCAAGUCCACAGAGGAGGCCGAACGCAUUGCCGCCGAGGUGACGAAACUGGCGCUGCACCGCCGACUGCUUGCGGGGUACAGUGGGGUGUACGCCGAUGGGGCUGCCCGCGGCGGCGAACACGCUCUGGCGGCGGAAGAUAAUGGUAGAAAAGCGGAGUUGAUUCGCCGCCUGCAGGAACAGCAACGACGCGAAGAGGAGCGACGAGCACACUUAUGUGUCUCUAACCGUAGGUUUCAACAGGAUGAUCUAAGAGCGCUGUGCAGGAAACUUUUCAGUCACGGUGGUGCAAAUGGCCGUGGCGGCAGUGCUGCUGCUGCUGCUUCCAUGGCGAAGAAAAAAGGUUCGGCACACAGGCGCAAGACACCCUCCGACAGAAAACUGGCGCGGCGGCAGCAGCAAGGUGGACAUAAUAAUGUGAAGGAAAUAACGGUGACGAAGAAGCCGAUUUCUGUUCCGAGUGUGCCAACGAACGUUCCACGACGGGCGAAGCCGCACAAGGCUGUACCCUCGUUUGACGAAGUGUGUGCAGACCGCUACUGUGCUUCUGGGUACUCCAAUGAAAGUACGCCGACUGUGUCUAUUGGCAGCUACGCUGCAAUGAGCGCAGCGGAUGACUCGGUCCAGCGGUCGAAUUCGUUUACUUCCCCAGGCGCGCCUUUCUACGGCCAAAACAUCCACGAGAGCACUUCGGCAGAUAAAGAGGCUGUCUGCGUCGAUGCCGGUCUCGCGCCUUCGAUGCUGUUCUCCACCAUGCGCCCUGCGUCAGCUCGAGCGCUGAUGGGCGAGCUUGUCCUUUCCUCGGAGGCCGAGGCGCAGCCGCCAGAGUUGCUUGACGGGCACCACCGCGCCGGGCUUGCCCCAGUGCAGCCGACCAACCCCGCUGCCGCAGCGGCAAACUUGUCGUCGUCCAAAAACAACUUGGUCGCUCUGUCGCCGCUCUCGUCGUUGAUUUCGCCCUCCUCCAGCAGCGCCACGACGGCAACGGACGCCUGUGGGGCGGGGCAUCCGCGGCACUUAGACGGCGACGUAAAGCUGCCGCCCUCGUGGGAGGGAUGA